ACAGCACACACCUUCUGACCCAAUUACAAACAACAAGGAGGAAGUCUCACGGCGUCUGCCUCCUGAUGUUCACAUGACACCUGCGACGGGGGGAGUCGUAAAAGUGAAUGGAGUUUAGUUAAAAGAGCCGAGAGAGACGGGGCUCAGUGUAGUCACGGUCAGUGUCUGGUGGACUUAGAAUCACGGGGAAGGGUGAGUGAAUGCGAAUCCUGGAACGGGAUAGGGAACUUGUGAAACAUUUCUGCUUCCUCGUAUCCAGUGUCAGUAUUACUCUGAAACUUUCUACUGCUGAGAAACUCGCCUGGACUUCUCUGGAAAGUACAACCAUCCAUUUAACAGCCUUCAAACCAGGACGGUGGUUGGGGUCUCCCGAUGGCUUUCCUGACGAAAAGGAAGAAGUUCAAGUUCCUGGUGAGGCUGACGGUGGUGAAUCUGUCCGCCGUGCCGUUCGUGAACGGGAUCCUCUUCUGUAAGAUCCGUCUCCUGCAAGGGGGAGGCUUCAGCGAGCUGACAACUCGGGAAGAAGUUCAGGAAAACUGUGUGCAGUGGCAGAAGGAAUCGUGCUUCACGUGCAAAAUGAAUGCCAGCCCAGUCACGGGAGUCCUGGAUCCGAGCAUCUGCCGAGUGUCUGUCCGUAAGGAGCUGAAGGGCGGGAAAUCAUUCGUGAAGCUGGGAUUCGUUGACCUGAACCUUGCCGAGUUUGCCGGUGCUGGCUCCACUGCUCGCUGCUGCCUCCUAGAGGGCUACGACACCAAGAACACCCGGCAGGACAACUCCAUCCUCAAGGUCUCCAUCAGCAUGCAACUCCUGUCGGGCGACCCUUGCUUCAAGACCCCCCACUCCAUGGCCAAGCCGAUCGAGGUCCUGGGUUGUCAGAGCUCCCUGGCGCUGGAUUGCAAAGGAGAUGACGGGACAGGGAGUUCUGUCCCGGAGACUGAACCCAUCCGGCCGGACUCCUGCAAGCUGAAGAGGGUCAGGUCCCUCCUGGGGACAGCAGGAAUACCCGAGAGCAGCGACCGCCCGCCAGAGCAGGUGAUCCGGAAAAGGCAUUCAAGAAAUUCCAGUGCAUCCAGUCAGCUCUCUAAGGUCUCAGGUUACAGCUCGGAGGGCUCGGUCUGCACCCCCCGCUUCGAGCUGGCUCACCGGCGGGAAGGAUCUGGCAGCAGUGCCCUAUCCUCAGGGACUGGCAGCAUGGCUGAUGUGGGCGAUGGGGCUCUGGAGGGAGCGGCCCCGCUCCACAGGAUCGCCUUCCGCUCGGAGCGGCUGUCAAGGCGGAAGAACGAGGAGCCAGAGAGCCGGCCCACGCAGGUGGACGACACUCGGGUCAACGCAGACGACAUCGUGGAGCAGAUCCUCCGGGACCAGGACUUCAGCCAGUGCGGGAGCGCUGAGGACAGUGGUCUACAGCUGUAUGUGGGAAGAGACGGGACUGUCAGACUGGGCAGCCUACAGACCGAUAACAGAUGGUAUGACUACAAGCCCGUGGUGAUCGACAGCCAUUGAGCCAAACGCACCAACAAUUUCGGAUUCACCUUCCUAUUUUCUGCUGCCCUCGUCACCCAGAAUAGUGCAAGGUCCUGGAUCUCCUACUGCGGAGCACGAUGGCCAUUUUUCUUUUAAAGGAGGGCGAACGAUAUUUGGCGGAAAUGUCGGGGGAGAGCAGUGUUCACCCUACCCCAGGCUACCAGCCCAAGAGUGAAGAGUUGGGAUCCGGACAGUGUACUCAUAAUAAAAGUUAACGAUUAUAAAAUUAA